UGGCGGUAAUGCGCCUGUAGUUGGUACGCCAUCCGCUAAUAAUACGAAAGAAGAAGAAGAAAGAAGCUGGUGAUCCGGACUAGCUUCAGACUCCAGACUCCGGGGCUCGGUGUGUUGACUGACAGCUUGCAGAGAGCAGAGUGAACCUCACCCUGCAACAUGGGAGAGAGAAAAGGAGUCAACAAAUACUACCCGCCGGACUUUGACCCUGCUAAGCAUGGCUCCAUCAACGGUUACUGGAACACUCACCCCCUGCGGGAGAGAGCCAGGAAACUCUCACAGGGCAUCCUCAUCAUCAGGUUUGAGAUGCCCUAUAACAUCUGGUGUGAUGGCUGUAAGAAUCACAUAGGCAUGGGGGUCCGAUAUAAUGCAGAAAAAAAAAAGGUGGGGAAUUACUACACUACACCCAUAUAUAGGUUCAGAAUGAAGUGCCACCUAUGUGUGAACUACAUAGAGAUGCAGACAGAUCCAGCCACCUGUGACUAUGUGAUCGUGAGUGGAGCCAGCAGGAAGGAGGAGAGAUGGAACAUGGCUGAGAAUGAACAGAUUCUCACCACUGAGCACAGUGAGAAGGAGAAACUGGAGACAGAUGCAAUGUUUAAGCUGGAUCAUGGUGGAAAAGACAAAGAGAAGCUGCGUGCAGCUAUACCUUCCCUCACUGAUCUCCAGGAGCACCAGGCUGGAUGGAAGGAUGACUUUCGGCUCAACAGCUCCCUCCGCAGGAAGUUUAGGGACGAAAAGAAAGCAAUAUCUGAAGAAGAGGAGAAAGACAAUGCUGUGAGAAAGAGGUUGGGUUUGUCUAUCCCUCUGGUACCUGAGAAAGAAGAGGACAAAAAGCUUGCAUCUCUUCUCACCUUCCAGAGCCCUGACUCAUAUGAAGACAGACAGCAGUCCAAGAGGCAGCAGAUCUCAUCUCGUUCCUGGUUUGGCUCAUCCUCCGCAGCACCGGGGGGCACUGUGGGAAAUCUUCUGCAGAAACUUGGCCAGCAGGGCAGAGACGCCGCUGCUGCCAAAGCACUGAGCUACGCCCCAGCCAGCCCACUAAACCUGGUCCGCAGGAAGUCAGAUGGCAGCAGCACAACGUCCAGCAGCCCCAGCCAGACCCCGUGUUCUACCUCCAGCUCCAGCGAUUCCCAUUCCCUGCCUCUAUCAAGCCCAAACACAAACACUCCUGACACAGAUGACCCAGAGAGAGAGAACACACACAAGCAGAGCAGCUCCUCUCCACCACAGCCCACAGAGGAGAGGCAGGACACUUGUUCAGAGAACAUUCAGCCCCGAGUAUCGGACAAUAGCAACAAAGCCAGCACUGGAAUAUCGUUAGUAGCAGACUACAGCGAUUCAGACUCAGACCCAGGGCAGUGAGCACAAAACUCAUUUGUGACUGGACUCACCAAUUAAACACAGAUCAGCAUGAGCACUGUGUAUUCAUGUCGUGUGUCACUGGACAGUACACAGUCUUGAAUGUCUGCCUUAUUUUUAUAAGCGUGCAUGUUUUUCUGACUCCCUACUGAACAGUUGAAGCUAUAAAUGUGUGUUCAAGCUUGAUCCCUCUUUUCCCUACUAAAUAAACAACAAAAAAAUAAUCUAAGCACUGUAUGAUGUACUAAAUAUUUGGCGACCAAAAAUAUUUGUUCCAAAACCCGUUGGUUCUGCUGUCUCAGCUAAAUAUGGAAUUAUGACUACUGUUGAGAAAUGCAGCCCUGUCACAUUGGGAAGGUCCAGAGGUGUGAGGGCAGUGUGGUGUGAGCGUUUUUUUUUUUUUUUUUGAGAGAUAAUCCUUGUAAAUGUUUAUUGAAGGGAAUAAAUUGACAAAGGGCCCUGUUAACUUAGGUACAGUCAGUUGUGAGUAUUCUCUAAUAAAAUAAUAUAUGUGGAAUAAGUGA